CUCCUCCCUCUUUUUUCCUCCUCCUCCUCCUUCUCCUCUCCAUCCAGAGAGACUUCCCGCUGUGCCGCUUCCUAUAACGCCUCGAUAGGAGUUGCAAUAAACAGGCAAACGCACAAUCGAGCCGGGCCUCUGCCCGCUGGAUAACUGCAGGAGCGCGGUGAUUUUACGCACGCUGCUGAUGGGGACCUCGGCGAGUCAUUGUCCUCCGCUUAACGGGACGUAGUAAUAAUAGCAACAACAGAGGACUACAAGCGGGACUGGGAAACAAAAUGAAGUUGGUGGUCCGCCUCCUCCUGCUUCUCCUGGCGGUGUGUCCUGUGUGCCAUGGUGCCGUUUCCUCUGCCAGUAAGUUUGUCUCCUUGGCGGAGACAGAGGACGCUCUGCUUAAGAACCUUUUCCAGGGAUAUCAGCGCUGGGUCAGGCCCAUCCAGCGAGCCAACGACACCGUCAAAGUUCGCUUUGGACUCAAGAUCUCUCAGCUGGUUGAUGUGGAUGAGAAAAACCAGCUUAUGACAACAAACGUUUGGUUGACUCAGGAGUGGAUUGAUAACAAGCUGCGAUGGAAUCCAGAUAAAUAUGGUGGAAUCACCUCCAUCCGAGUUCCCUCAGAAAAUAUCUGGCUCCCAGACAUUGUCCUAUAUGAGAACGCUGAUGGACGCUUUGAGGGCUCCCUGAUGACCAAAGCUAUCGUAAAGCACAACGGUGCCAUCACCUGGACGCCACCUGCCAGUUACAAGUCUGCCUGCACCAUGGACGUCACUUUUUUCCCCUUUGACCGGCAGAACUGCUCCAUGAAGUUUGGGUCGUGGACCUAUGAUGGCAACAUGGUGGACCUGGUCCUGAUGGACAACCACGUUGAUCGGAAAGACUUCUUCGACAACGGAGAGUGGGAGAUUCUCAGUGCUACUGGAGCCAAAGGAAACAGGAAGGAUGGCUUGUAUUCCUACCCAUUCAUCACCUACUCCUUCAUUCUGAAGAGAUUGCCAUUGUUCUACACGCUCUUUCUCAUCAUUCCCUGUUUGGGUUUGUCCUUUCUUACUGUCCUUGUGUUUUACCUUCCCUCGGAUGAAGGAGAGAAGCUGUCACUCUCCACCUCUGUCCUAGUGUCCCUCACUGUGUUCCUUUUAGUCAUAGAGGAGAUCAUCCCCUCCUCCUCCAAGGUAAUCCCUCUCAUCGGAGAAUAUUUGCUCUUCAUCAUGAUCUUCGUCACCCUUUCGAUUAUCGUCACCGUCUUCGUCAUCAAUGUGCACCACCGCUCCUCAGCCACCUAUCACCCAAUGUCGCCAUGGGUUCGCAGUCUUUUCCUGCAGAAACUGCCCAGACUGCUUUGCAUGCGAGGACACACGGACCGGUACCACUACCCGGAACUGGCUCCGGAAAGUCCUGAACUGAAGCCUCGCUCUGGAAGUCGGAGGGGAGGUUGGAAGACGAGCAGCGGAGCAUGUGGACAGGCAGCUUCUGAUGGGAAGGAGGAAGAAGCCUGGGCCACCAUGUUGGAGAAAGCCAUCUACUCUGUGCGGUACAUCAGCAGACACAUCCGUAAAGAGCACUUCAUUCGUGAGGUGGUUCAAGACUGGAAGUUUGUUGCCCAGGUGUUAGACCGAAUCUUCCUCUGGGCUUUUCUUACUGUCUCAAUUCUGGGCACCAUCCUCAUCUUCACUCCAGCCUUGCAGAUGUUCCUGAAAAUCCCUCCUCCAACUGCAACCGAGGAGCCGCCUCUACACCAGUAAACAUCACCAUCUUUAUCUGUGGCAGCUGAAGGUCUUCACUCCAGAAUUUAUAAAAAGUUACAGCUGAGCAAGAAGAAGAAACGUUCAAAGACUAUAAAAUCCUCUGACCACAUUUAUAUAUUGUUAUGUUUCAAGUGCACAAAAUAACGUUUCACAAAGCGAUGAGGGAGGUUUUUUGUUUUGAGGGCAGUUUAGUGCAUUUAUUUCUUCACAAAUGGUAGGUCACAUACGCUCACUCUUUACCAUUGAAUGAAUGCUGAUAUUUAAUAAACUGGAAUCUAGAGAGCAAAACAGAAAAAAGAUAUGCAUAUAGUGUAAAAGCUGGAUUUAUGCAUUUAAAUCACUUGCUCAAAUUAUUUCUGUUUGGAUGUUUGUUUUUCUAUGUUUACAACCUGCAUAACAUCUCUUUAUCAAGUUGAAAACAGCCAAUUAAGAUUCCCAGAAAAUCAGAUUCUUAAAUUCUUGGCACUGAAAGCCAAUUAACACCAAAACAUGUCUUCUUGUUUAUCCUAGUUUCUAGCAGAAUAAUUUAACUACCAUAUAUGUUCAUUACCAAAACCUUGAGUUUUAUCUUAGUGGAAAAUUAGAACUCUUGUUUUAACUGUAUUUUAUGCUCUCUAAAAGUAAGCUCAUUUAAAAUAUAAGUAAAGUUCCCAUAGAGUUCUGUUUUGACUUGCUGCAUAAUGCAUUCCACUAAAAGCUUUAAAUAAACUGAGUCUUUAGUUGCUGUACUUAAUGGCAUUUUUGGCCUUUGUUCUGUUUGAUAGAUUUGUAUCUAAUUUGUUUUCAAUAAAUCAUGUAGUAAAAUCUAAGGCUAUAAACGUAGGCGCUGCAAUAAAGAAAUCAGAGAUGAUAAUUGGCAACUCCUGAAGAAAAUACAUUUUUGAUGCUGAUAUCGCCACCCAGUGGUAAAUCAGAACACAACAUACAAAUGUUUUCUAAAAAACUUAACAGGUAAAAGAAUAUAUAAACACCAAGAACAAUGUAGAAAAAGACUACAUUUAAGACUUUAUUUAAAGAAAACAAUAAAAAGGUUACUCUGUAUUGAUAUGUGUAAUAAAGGCAUUUUUUAAAUUAUAAUGCCAUU